UUUAAGGACUACUUUACAACCGAUAAAUUAUUAUACAAACAACAGAAAAGAUCGUAAAUAUACUGUGACAUAUAGCUGUACAUAUAUACGUGUCGGGCGGGUUUUACCUGUAGAGCAGGUGAGAGAGAGAGAGAGAGAGAGAGACUGCCGACACACGUCUUAUCCCCUACACACAAUGUGGAAGUUCUUACUGUUGGGAGUAUUGUUUCGGGGGACGCUGGCACAGGAGACGGAGACCGAUGGUCAAGCCUUUGUAGAUGAGUAUGAUGCUAAGGUGGGAGUCCUGUGGAACGAGAACGGGAAAGCAGCUUGGGAGUAUUAUACUAAUAUCACGGACCACAAUCUGGAGGUUAUGACCAAUUCGAGUCUCAAGAUGGCUGAGUUUGACAAGGAGAUAGCAGCAAACGCCAGUAAAUUCGAUUAUAAGAGUUUUAGUAAUGAAACGCUGAAGCGACUAUUCACGAAGAUAGUGAACAUUGGGUUUGCAGCCACUAAUGACAGCGACCAGCUGAAGGCGAUUUCGAAUUUAGAAGCAGAUCUUACGGGGAUUUAUAGUAAGGGGGAAGUUUGUUUGGAGUCCAAAGGCUGUCUGCAAUUAGAGCCAGGACUGACAGACAUCAUCACAAACAGUCGGGAUUAUAACGAACUGCUGGCGGUCUGGAAAGGCUGGAGAGACGCUUCAGGAAAACUAAUGAGAAACAAGUAUACCGAUUUUGUCAAAGCUAUGAAUGCCGCCAUCAAAUUCAGUGAUUUUAACGAUACGGGGGAGUACUGGAGAUCGUGGUACGAGACGCCCACCUUUGAACAGGACGUCAAGACGCUGUUUGAGGAACUGGAACCGCUGUAUGUGGAACUUCAUGCUUACGUCAGAAAGCGCCUCAAACAGAAAUACGGCAAGGAGAUGUUCCCAGAAAGUGGUCACAUCCCGGCUCAUCUAUUCGGGAACAUGUGGGCGCAGCAAUGGAGCAAUAUCUAUGACCUCUUGGUCCCAUUUCCAGACGCCAGCUCUAUGGACAUCACAUCCAAAAUGAUAGAACAGAACUAUAAUGUGACACACAUGUACCGUGUUGCCGAGGAUUUCUUCAUGUCCAUUGGUAUGGAGAAGAUGACGGACGAAUUCUGGCAGAAUUCCAUGCUUGUGAAACCAGACGAUCGAGAUGUAGUUUGCCAUGCAUCAGCCUGGGACUUUUAUGACGGGAAAGAUUUCAGAAUAAAGCAGUGUACUGCCAUCACUGAGGACCAGCUGCUGACUGUGCACCACGAGAUGGGUCACAUUGUGUACUAUCAAAAUUACAAGCACCUGCCCAGGCUGUUCAGAAGAGGCGCCAAUCCGGGUUUUCACGAAGGAAUGGCCGAUAUAGUCAGCCUGUCCUUUCAAACACCGGAGCACAUGCACGUGAUCGGUCUCUUGGAUAAUGUUCCAAAUGAUGCAGAUAGCGAUAUAAAUUUUCUGCUUAAAAUGGCGCUAGACAAGGUUGCCUUCCUUCCCUUUGGUUAUUUAAUUGAUCAGUGGAGAUGGAGCGUGUUCCGCGGGGAGACAAACUCGUCUAACUAUAAUCAACACUGGUGGGAUCUUAGAUGUAGGUACCAGGGAAUUUCGCCACCAGUACAAAGAACAGAGCAAGAUUUCGACCCGGGCGCAAAAUACCACAUUCCUGGAAACACUCCGUAUAUCAGGUACUUUGUGAGCUUUGUGGUACAAUUUCAAUGGCAUAAAGCCCUGUGCGAGGUGGCUGGGAAUACUAAACCCCUACAUAGAUGUGAUAUAUACAAGAACACAGACGCGGGGGACAAGCUGAGAGAGAUGCUAAUGAUGGGAUCGUCUAAGCAAUGGCAGGAUGCCAUGGAGGCCAUAACUGGACAGAGACUUAUGAGUGCCAAACCUCUCGUGGAGUACUUCGAUCCUUUGUUGAAGUGGCUGAAGGAACAAAACAAGGAAGACAACACUGGCUGGUCUGCUUCUUGUCCAUCCGUCAUACCCACGCCCCAACCACUUUCUGCAGGAUCUACGUUAGAGUUUGUUUCUAUCACGUGCUUUGUUCUCUGUGCUGUGUUCGCGUUCCUGAACACGAAUUGACACUUUCUUGACAGCGUGUAAUUCUUGUGCAUAUUCCGUCCUUUUGUGUGUAUAAUCCUACAAAAUUUUGGAAGAAAUCCUCCAUAGUUUUCAUGUAAUCUAAGUUUCUGUACCAAUGCAUCAAAAAUGAUUUUUAGGUAAACUAGGUACUAUGCAUGCAUUUUACAAUGCUCUCUUUAUGUAGUUAAAACUGAACUUAUCAUUGUGUGUGUUGUAAAUGUACAAUCCAAAAUAAUUGUGCAUACAUUGUAUAUCAUUAGAAAAAAAUUAGUUUGACUGUGAAUAGAUACAGAGGUUGUAAUGGAUCUCCGUGGAGAACAGAUGUUACGUUUUGCAGCGCUACAAGAAAUGAAGAUGAAAAUGACUUUCUCUGUAGAUGUAUGGAGGGUAUGAUGCGAUCCCAUAAAGAGGUUUCCAAAUAUUAGCGUUUGCAAUUGAUUCAUGAUAGAUAGUAGUUGUAUGAAUGAAAUUUUGCAGAAUCAACCACCGUCGGAAAAUAAA